AUGGCACCUUCAGCAACAGAAACAGUUGCUCUUCCAACUCAAGUGAAGAAGUCUGUAACUGAUAGAUUCAGUCGCGAUGAGCUUGGAAAUUAUAAAGAGCUUGCCCCCACGUCGUUCGAUAAAGAAGCCGAAGAGAAAGGUCUUGGCAAGUUUGCUGCUGCGUCGUAUCCACAUUAUCUUCCAACUUGGGACGAUACUACAUACCCACCCCUUGAAUCGUUUGAGCACAGAGACCAUGGAAUGGAUGCCGAUACAACCUAUCCAGAACUACUUGCACCGGGUGUUGAGGCAGUUGAAUUGACACCCGCGAUGGGCACAGAAAUCAAAGGCGUACAGUUAAGCAAGUUGAGCGAUGCUGGCAAAGACCAAUUGGCUCGAUUUGUCGCAGAGAGAAAGGUCGUAGCCUUCAGAGACCAAGAUUUUGCAGAUCUACCGAUCGCAGACGCCGUGAAGUAUGGCAGUUAUUUCGGACGACCUCAUAUCCAUCCCACAUCAGGAGCCCCACUGAGUCAUCCUGAAGUUCACCUAGUACAUAGAGCAGCUGGUGAUAAAACAGCUGAUAGCUUCUUCGAGACUCGAACAAAUAGUGUAGCAUGGCACUCUGAUGUCACAUAUGAGAAGCAGCCACCGGGAACGACUUUUCUAUAUGUUCUUGACGUACCAGAAACCGGAGGAGAUACCCUCUUUGCUAAUGGUGUCGAAGCAUAUAAUCGUCUUAGUGAUGCAUUCAAGGAACGUCUGCAUGGACUUUCUGCGACACAUUCAGGUAUUGAGCAAGUGAACGCCUCUCACUAUAGGAAUGGCAUUGCUCGCAGAGAGCCUGUCGUGAACGUUCAUCCUAUUAUCCGAACGCAUCCAGUAACUGGAGAAAAGGCAUUGUAUGUUAACAAACAAUUCACUCGAAAAAUCGUAGGGUUGAAACAAGAAGAAAGCGAUGUACUAUUGAAUUUCCUAUAUGACCACAUUGCACUAGGUGCCGACUUUCACGUAAGAGUCAAGUGGGCACCAAAAACUGUAGUUGUUUGGGACAACAGAGUGGCGACCCAUACCGCUCUUGUUGAUUGGUCGGGUGGAGCACGCAGACAUCUCGCGCGUAUCACACCACAAGCUGAAGCACCAUACGAGACGCCUUUCAAGGCAUCAUAA